GCAAUUACCAGUUUUGAUGCAAUGCCCACUCCAACGUUUUCCUCCACUCCCCCUAGCGCCCAUGGGUAAGCAAGCAAAAGAAGAGCAAGACAGGACCAGGAAAACGCAGCUCUAGAGAGGCGAGGCACAUGCACAAGCACGAGACGAUUGCCAAUCUACUUGCCUAGCGCAGCAACCGGGACUCCCGACCAGAGGUACUGCCGAGGUGUCUUCCGGCAAUCCGCACGACUGACUACACUUCGAUCACCGCGACCGUGACCGCGACUCUGCCAUUCCCGACAGCCAGCCAGCACUCGGUAGCCCGAACCCGGCCGACCGAACAAGCAACAACACCAACACCCACCCACCCACGAACAAGCGCCUGCGCCCGCGCUCGCGCCUGCGCCUCCCCCUCCCCCACCAAGCUGGGCCCGUCUGCGAGCAACGCCAUGUGCUGAAGGAGGACCGAGGACAGGACGCGUGCCUCUCCUCUUCGAAUUUGCAACCAUCACAGCCAGCCAGCCAGCCAGCCAGCCAGCCAGCCAGCCAGCCAGCCAGCAACAGCGUCGUCUGUACACUCACUCGCCUCCCUCCUCCUCCUCCUCCUCCUCCUCCUCCUCCUGCUGCUGCCGCUCUGCCCCACCCCACAUUCUUCCACCCUUCGUCCCCUCCCCUCCACCCAGGUCGCCGAUCAACCUAGCGCUGCCAUAUGCAACAUUCAAUAUAAGUCGACGGAUAGCUGCAGCAGACAACCCCUCCUACCGCCACCCUCUUGCGAGCACGACACACUUCAUACAACCUCGUCUCGUCCCAGACAGCCAGGAUCCUGUGCCCUACCCGCCAACCCUGUGCCUGUGUCUGUGCUCGUGCCUGUACUCCGUACUCGUGUGCCUGUGCCUGUCCUGUUCUGUCCUGGUCCUGUCCUGCCCCGGUCCCUUGUGUAUUGUGGACCCACAAGGCCUGCCUGUUUUGCAAUUGCAAUUGCCAUCGCGACGCUGGCACCGACUGCGAACGGUGUGAACUGCGACCGCCAACUGCAACUGCAACUGCAUCUGCGACUGCGACUGCGACUGCGACACUUCCCGCGUCCGCCGAAUCCAACGACCGCCAGACAGACCUGCCCACCCCUGUCCCGCCUGCCCUGGCUUUUGCCCUCUCCAGUGCGCGAACACGGUGCCGGUCGCACAAGGAACGCCUCUUUUUACACUGGCCUGACUGGCUGCAAGUCCAUUGGAGAGCUGGCCCUUGUCGUCGUAGCCGUCCGCGGAGAAUACGAGCGACGACUGCGCUGCCAUUGUGGUCUCUCGCGCCUCGACUUGCCCGGACUUCAGCUUCCCUCCUGCGGCAAGUCCUUCUGGAAGCUUGCGAAGCGAUCGACGCCAAUACUGCGGACGAGCACAAGAGGCCCUCCCGCCCCCAAUACGGCCACAGUCCUAGACAUCCCGGCACGGCAUCUGCCUCUCUUCUUUCGCUAGACCAGGGCUGAAGCGGACCUUCGGCCCCUUGGCUUGCCACACGUUGCUUCCUUGCGUCCACGUACCUUGCGUGCUGCGUAGCGGCAGCGCAGCGCAUUGCAUCGCAGCUCGUCGGUGCGUUCCAGAGAAGAAACGGAAAAGCAGCUGGGCGUCUGAGCAGGCCGGGGUCCCUGUGACAGUACUUACUUCGGCCGCAGCUGAUCCUGGUGCCGUGCAACCACCCAAGGAAUUCCUGCAGGAGUUGAGCACAUCUUGCCGUCCAGACCACUUGCUACAACCGGAUCAGGUAGCGCGAGUGGUUCCGCAGAGAGGUCGCCGGCCUUGCAGCGCCGUGCCGUCAUUACGAGCGUCUAGCUCUGGGCACCCUCCCCAUUAACACGCCCGCACAUAUAUAUGUAGCUGGUACACGAUGCCGGAAGAAGUCGAUUCCAACGGAGGCGAGGUCUCAGAUGCCAUGUCUGAGAAUGAGCAUGAGUACGACGACAACGACGCCUCCUACAAAGACGACGACAAGAUGACUGAGAACACCAUAAAGCAAGAGGUCGGCCCUGACGGCGAGGUCAAGAAGAAGUACGACCCCAAGGACCCUCUGCGACCGAGGAGGAAGAAGGCGAGGAGGGCUUGCUUUGCUUGCCAGAGAGCUCACCUUACUUGCGGUGAUGAGCGGCCUUGUCAGAGGUGUAUAAAACGUGGACUAGCGGACCAUUGCCAGGAUGGAGUCCGCAAGAAGGCCAAGUACCUUCAUGAUGCACCGCCAGAAGCCCUGAGGCCGGUUCUGGGCCCAAAUUACAAUCCCAACGCACCCCAGAAUCGGCCCAACGGGCAUCGCCACCCGUCCAGCACCGGGUCUGAGGCGUCUUCCAACGUCAGCAGCUUCUUUUCGCCAACAACCGCCACCAGCUCAUACCCUCUCUUCUCACCAGGGUCCGCGCUGGGGUCAAUAUCGGAAGGCAUGACCUUCAACAGUCAACAGUCCCCCGUGUCGCCCACCUUUCAGCCACCGAACCCCCCGCAGAUGAGCGGCCUCACCGUCCCUCAGGUCUCAGGGGAUAUAUCUGACAUGACCUCGGCCUUCUUCGACCCAAGCAAUCCUGCACUGUACAACUUCAACCUCGAGGGCCUGAACUUUGGGAGCCAGUAUGGUGCCAUGGAAUUCAGCAUGCUCAACCACAUGGCCUCCGGUGCUGCUGACACGCCGCCACGGGAGCCAUCCUUCUCCCAGGCUGGCGCUGGUGAGGCCAACUUUACGGCUGGUGCUUUCGGCAAUGGUAUGCAACAUUUUGAUGGCGGUAUGAUCGGCGAUAUCCUCUCCAUCGACCAGUCCGGAAACCCCCUAUAUACCCAAGGCAACCUCCAGCACGGUCUCCCUCACGCUUACGCCAUUGCUGCAGGCCCAACAAGUUUACAAAGCCCCAGCACCGAUCAUGACAGCCCCCAACCUAGCCACGGCAUCGGAUACGAAAGCUCGCCAACAGCGACCUAUCACAAUGGACCAGGGCCGCAGGUGCUCGGUCCUCAGAAUCGUCCAAAGGCAAAGCCCGGAAUGCCCAAGGUCUUCCCGCAGCCCCUGCUUGGCAAGCGACAACGGGACCCGUCGACCAUCUACGACACGGUCAAAGAGCCAUUCCAAUACGUGCAUAACUUCCACCGGCUGAUGGGCUUCUUGCAGAAGAGGUUCCGGACCAGCAACGAUAAGCUGGUCCGCAUCGCCGUGGCACUGGCGAGCUUCCGACCGUCCUUUAUCUCGGUCACCCGCACGCUAAACCGAGCUGACAUGGUGUUCAUGGAGAAGUGUUUCCAGCGGACACUGUUCGAAUACGAAGACUUCAUGCACCAUGGCUCCAGCCCCACCAUUGUCUGCCGUCGGACUGGCGAGAUUGCUGCGGUGAACAAGGAGUUCACUGCGCUGACGGGCUGGCCCAAGGAGGUGCUCCUAGGGAAUGAAGUCAACAUGAACAUCAACACAGGCGGCAGCGGCGGGGCGUCGGGGGCGACCACCGAUACCCUCACAACCCCGAAGCUGGGCAGUCUGAACGACCAGGCAGACAAGAGCAAGACCUCAGGGAACGAACGGCACCCGCUCUUCAUAGCAGAGCUCAUGGACGACGACAGUGUUGUCCAAUACUUUGAGGACUUUGCACAUCUCGCCUUCGGUGACAGCCGGAGCAGCGUGAUGAGAAAGUGCAGACUGCUCAAGUACCGCACGCAGCAGAGCAUCGACCAAACGGCGAGCCAUCCCAGCAUCAACGAGUCGCCUCCAAAAGACCCAAGGACGAUGUUCCUCAGCAACAGGGUCGCCAAGAUUGACGGAGAGCACGGGAUUUCGAGAAUUGCCAAGGACGGCAAGCUGGAGUGCACUUAUUGCUGGGUCAUACGAAGGGAUACAUUUGAUAUGCCCAUGAUGAUUGUUAUCAAUUUCCUACCAUGUUACUAUCCUGACCAGCAUCCGCACGGCCUGGCGGUAUAGGUUGCCACGCAUUUCACGAUUGUUGGCAGGAAACGGCGCUGCAAGGAAUUCGGAUCUGGGUCAGAAUGCGCUAUACGACAGUCUGGGGUGGAGUUAUGGGUGGUUUUUCGUUUCGCGCCCAUCACCGCACUAGAGAGUGACCAGGGGCAGGGCAAGAGCCGAUCACGGUCACAGUCCCACAGCAAAAGGAAGAGGCUCUCUGGCCUUCUCGGCACAGAACAAGAACUACUACUAUACCCCGUUUGCUUUUUCUGUUUAUUGGGCGGCAUCCUCGGAAGCGAUGAUUCAUUAGAGAGGCUAGUUCAUAUCGACGCGGGCGAUCGACGUGGUCGCGGUCCAUUCCACGAAGCUGAAUCAAGCCGUCAAAAAGUCCCUGAAAUCUACUGCCUGUGCUGCCGUGUCUGUUGUCGUGUGCAACCCCAGAGUAUCCUGGGCCCUCCGGGAUAGCGUGGGGAAGUAGAGGGGCGAGAGCUGCUGUGGUUAAGAUUAUGGCUGGGGUCAGUACUGUGUGACGACGGGACACGCGCUGAGUGAGCGGUUAAGCUUAAAAGAUGGCUGGCUGAUGGGCGGGCAACCACGCAAGAGCGGCCGUCAAUUUUG